AUGAAAAUGUUUGCCUGUUUUGAUCAGAAUAGAAGUGGCCAUUUGAUCAUCAAAUAUUCCGAGAGAAGUGAUAAUGUUGAUGUUCCAUGUACUCCUUCGAACCAAACACCAUCUAUAGCACUGCCUAGUCAACCAAGUAGCGUCAUUGAUGAAGCUAGUGUAUGCCUAACAGAUACAUAUCUUGACAAUCCGCAUGAAGAAUAUGAACAUGUUGGUGUAGAUGAGGAGGACCAGUACUCAAUUGGCAGUGUUGGUUCCGAUAGUGAUGAUGAGGUCAAAGAAAAAGAUAUACCAAAUAAUGAUUAUGUUGAGGAUAGCAGUGAUGAUGAGGAAUGGGUUGCAGAAGAUGCUAGACCGGAUGCUAUUCCAGAAAAUGCUUAUGACAAAGAAAACCCGCCAAUGCAUGUUGGCGCAAAGUACCCCAACAUUGAAGAGUUUAGGUUGGCAAUUGCUACAUAUGCUGUAAAGAAAGAGUUCAAAUUCAAGGUUGAAAAAGGUGAACCUACUCGAUUCAGGGCUUAUUGUCGCCGGGCAAAGAAGACGGAUUGUAAAUGGAGAAUUCAUGUUGGGAGGUUGGAUGACCAAGAAACUAUGGAGGUCAAAGUUCAUGUGCAGGAGCACACUUGUUCUAGCGCAAAGAAGAAAAAGAAGCAGAAAAAUGCUUCAAAGGCAUGGGUGUGUGAGAAAGUCAUGGACUGGGUAAAAGAAGAUCCUAGUGUUCGGCCGAUGGAGUUACGGAGGAGGCUACAUGACAAGUACAAGAUCAACGUCCAAUACAUGAAAGUAUUCCGUGGCAAAGGGCUAGCAAUGGCUAAGUUGUUUGGUGACUGGGAUGAUUCUUUUGACAAGCUAUAUGCUUGGAAAGCUGAGGUUGAGAAGAGGUCUCCUGGAAGCAUAGUUGCGAUUGACCACAUGGAGUAUGAUCAGAAAAAAUAUUUCAUACGGAUGUUUGUUGGGCUGAAGCCUUUGUGCGAUGGAUUCUUGGCUGGCUGUAGACCUUACUUGGCGAUAGAUAGCACUCAUUUGACAGGCAAGUACAAAGGCCAAUUAGCUGCUGCUUGUGCCGUUGAUGGGCACAAUUGGUUGUAUCCUGUAGUCUAUGGAGUUAUUGACUCAGAAACUACUGAAAGUUGGGUGUGGUUUUUGGAGAAGCUUCGUGAUGCUAUUGGCUCUCCCCCUGGUCUAGCUAUAUGUUCAGAUGCGGGAAAAGGGAUUGACACUGCAAUCGAACAGGUCUUUGGGUAUGCAGAACAUAGAGAAUGCAUGGGACAUUUGGUUGUGAACUUCAAGAAAAAGUUUCAUGGUAAAGUUUUUGAUGAUCAUUUGUGGCCAGCUGCUUAUUCAUGGACUCCUCGAGGGUUUGACUAUCACAUGGCAGCCAUAGAGGAGAAAAAGGCUGCUGCAAUAGCAUAUUUAAACAAGUACCACAGCAGGCUAUGGUCAAGGAGCAAAUAUUCAACCUCCUCAAAAGUGGAUUAUGUGACAAAUAAUUUGGCCGAGUGUUUCAACAACUAG